CUCAACCCUCCGAGUCGCACGUACGAUCAUGUGCACUUGACAUGAUUCUGCCUCAUCUUGCCAUGCCAGAACUUUGCUCUGAUCCCCUCACGCCAAGACGGCAACGGCGGCAUAGCAUCGAACGUGCUCCAGGAGAACGAUCACGGAACUAAGGGAUCUCCAACCGGCACCCAGAUCUGCCAUGAUGUAUAGAAUACCCACGAAGCUGCCAUGGCUUUUGAUCCAAGUCCCAUCGUUGACAACCUCAACUUUCGUGGCUGGCCAAGAUCCCUUGGUUGUUGCAGAGAUCGUGGUCCAACAUUCAGGUGAAAGCGUCUCGCUUGCACGCGUCCCAGACACUGCAUGUCACAACUGCCCGAAGGCCAAGUAUGCCGGGAUCCAUGAGGGUGACCACCGACCGGCCGCACAAUUUCUAUCCGCAGUCCGGCCCUGCCAAGCCCUCGGGGUAACAGUGGGCCUCACUCUAAGCUACCCUAAUACGACAAUGGCAACUGCACCGAUAGUGCGCAUCGGUCACAGCUUAUCGCUUCCAAGCCGCACAUCAACAUGCCCUGCUAGCCACGCUUGGCGUACCGGGUUCUCAACAAACGGAGCCCAUACACAAUGAUCGAAGGCACAGCACCCCGUCUCCUACGUGCGAUACAAAUAGGACAGCUCCCGCUAAUCGCAUGGAAUAUAUGGGUCCACUCGUUCUGUAUCGAGUGCGCUCGUUCUCUACUCGUCAUUCUUUUCGUCG